UAACAAUUCUGUCCAGCAAGACUCCAGCAGCUUUUCUGCUCACUGUUACAGUAUCAUCCACCGUUUUCACGAGACCGUUUUUGGUUCAGAGCACACACAAACAGUUAAACUAGAGGGGGAGAGUUCUGACAGAGGUUAUUGUCUUCGACUCAGCGGGGAACCUCAGACAAAUCCCUCUUAGAUGCAGGUGGUCAGGCACAAGCAAAGAGUUAAUCCUGCGGUCCCUUUGCCCCUCCUCUUUGAUGUUCUGACAUCAUUAGUCCGGCCCCCUGUAAGAUCUCCUUUUUCCUCAGAGCCCGUCACUUCUACUCUGGAAUGUUUACAGGAACCUCAUGAGCAGCAUCAGGACCAAGCGUUUGUCAGAGGACAUGCUCUGAGGAGACCUCUGGUUCGGGGGAUCACAGCGGAUGCCACAGGUGUAGCCGCCGGGCUCAGCAGAGUUAUGGCUGUUCAGACUGCAAUCAUGAACCCUCAGUUCAUGAAUUUCUGCUUCCCCGGUUCCGUGGUGGAGUACGACGUGGAGAAAAGUCUGGAUGGGAGUCUUCUGGUGGAGGCAGAAACUGACGAGGACUACAAAGAGACCACUCGGGACUUGCUGAGCUUCAUAGACUCAGCCUCCAGCAACAUCAAGCUGGCUUUGGACAAACCAGUGAAAUCCAAAAGGAAAGUCAACCACCGUAAGUAUCUACAGAAGCAGAUCAAGAGGUGCACUGGCAUUAUAACACCAGGGAACGUAGCAGAAACCCCAGUAAAAAGACAGGGGUCCCCCCCGGCUCAGCCCAGCCCUUUGCAGAGCAAAACUCUACCUAAGCGUGAUGGGGUCCAGGGGUCCAACUUACAAAGCAAGAGCUUGGCAGCCCUCUUCAGCCCUGUGAAGGAUAUAAGGGGUGAAAAAGCCAAGAAGCCACCCCUGAGGCACCGCAAUCUGCCCCCCUCUUUCUUUACUGAGCCUGCCAACUGCUCUAAAGUCAGCUCCACGUCUGGGAUGACGCUGAAGGACCUGGAACGAGGAAAUCCCGAGGCUGCAGACUUCUUCGAGCUCUUAGGCCCCGAUUACAGCAACAUGGUCAGUGACCAGGACCUCUAUCAGAGCGUGCCUCUCCGAGCGCAGCCGGAGGUGGGAGGCCCGGAUCCUGCUUCCUACGAUGCUCACCAUUUAGUUGGCGGUCUCCUCUACUCUGAGCCCUGGACUAGCUGCUCUGGACCCUCUAAGAAACUAGGGGAGAGCCUGAGGACAGGCCCAGCCCAACCUCCUGUCUACUGUCACUCUGAGGCCGCCACUGGGCCCAUAGAGGACAACGCACUGUGCACUUUGGCCUUCCCGAACUUCUUCACAGACUGCUCCGUCCCUCAGGUCACUUAUGAUUUAAGUGGUGGUUAUAACAGAGCUAAUUAUUCGUCUCUAUGAGAAAACAGACAAUUCUGUUGUUAGAAGUGCCCAGUAAAAAGCAGAUACAAUUGCUGUGACAAGUCUAACAGUAGCCUAAAAGAGUUUGAUAUUACUGUACCCUGUUUGUUUAUCUGUUGUGGAAAUAAUAUUGCGACUGGAUUUAAACACCCCCCCCCCCCUCGCUGAACAGGACUGUGUGUCAUGGGGCUUUCCCCCCAGAAAACCUGUUUUUCUUUCAUUAAAAAAUGUCAAAAGCUAUUUCCAAUUACCCGAUGCCAUGUACUUUCCAAUGCGCCAGUUUCAUUUUCUACAUGGCUGUGUUUAAUGUUAAACUGUUUCACGUGUGGAUGUGAUUUUCUCUAUCUCAGGCAAUUUCAAACGGCAUUCUGAAUCAAAAUACAUCUGAUGUCGGGUAUGUUUCAGUUUUGUCACCAGAGUAUGUGACUCAUCAGAAUGAAGCCUAGUCAUUUGGAAAUUUGUUAAUGAUUGCAAUAUAAUCAUGACAUUUUCAUAUUUUACAAAAAGAAAAUGUACAAGCUACAUAAAUAGUUGUGGGUUUAGUCCACUAAACAUCAGUUAUUGCUAGGAAAUGAUGUUAUAGAACUGUUGCAAGCUGCAACAAUCUCUCAGCGAGGCACAUUUUCAUUCCUCUUAGUAACGAUUCUGUGCAGAGACAUAGCGGGGGAAGCCUAUUUUGCUAAAAUGAGGAUUACAAAAAUGUGUGAUGCCCCAUUUGUUUUACAAAAUUUUACAGCUCAGAAAAGAUUUUCAGCUGGCAGAUUUACCACUUGUAUCCAUGUUUGUUUGUUUUUUGGGGGGGAAAGCCUUUAAUGUAUCUAGCUGUUGACAA